CUACCUCCCCCGGUGGGGAGUGGUGAUGUGGUCCACGGGGAACUCAUCAUCACUUUAAAACGCGCCACAGACUUGGCACAAGAAGCUCUCGCAGGCGAACACAGAAGCAAAGGCACCGUCUCUUAUUUCAACGGAGGAAACACGUUUUGCUCCUUGCGCGCUGUCUACCGAGACUCACUUAAAGUCAGAACAACGUAGACUUUGAGUUGAAGAAACUUACUUUGUGCUGCACUUGAUGCGACGCUGUUUGCCUGCCGCAACAGUCCGGUGAUGUGGAUGUUGUCAGUACGCACCAAGGCUGUGGGGGUUUGAGCUGGACUUUAAAAAGCGUAUUAUUUGGGUGUUUCUUACUCUUAUUUUUUACAUGACGCAAAGUUUUAUUUGGAGACCAGAUUUUAAUGUGAGACUGUCUACUAAAGGAGUCGCGUGUAUAUUUGCUAUCAACCCUCAAGGAAACAUGAACGUCUCCUUCUUCAAUGUGACCCAGGGCGCGCUGUUUAACGGGACUCAGACUCUCGCCGGGACUCUGGCGACAUACUCCGGCAACGGCACCGACAACGUGGUGACCGGUGACGGCGGAGGUUCUCUGGUGCUGGUGCAAGACGAGCGGAAACUCUUCGUCAUGCGUGUGGUUCAAAUCGCGGUGCUGUGCGUGUUGUCGCUCACCGUCGUGUUCGGUAUUUUUUUCCUAGGAUGCAACCUGAUGAUCAAAUCGGAGAGCAUGAUUAACUUCUUGGUGAAGGACCGGAGACCCUCCAAAGACGUGGAGACCGUCAUGAUCGGGCUCAGCUAGAGCAUGGAGUGUUGGCACUGUGGAGAACUGGAGUGGAGAUCCGGUAUAAAGAUCCGCAUCUGCAUGUACUUCUCAAAGACGCUCUUUCUGUGUCCUCCUGAGGAAUGAUAUGCAAAACUUCUCAUUUCCUCCUGAAAAAAAUGACUACAGGACAGCAGCCAACGAGCAAUGUUCAUGCGUAAAGUUUGUGCGUAAAAUACGGGAACUCGUUUACACGUGGGCCCGUUGAAUCUUUUGAGUGAAUAUAAUGUUGCCAACUUGAACAAAGUAACGAAAUGUUUACAAGCUGUGACC